UCUGCGCUGGACUCGGUGCUGCGGAGCUUCCUCAGCCUCACAGUCCCUCACACACAUACUGCCUCACACACUGCCUCACACACUCCGAGAUCCGCUCCAGCCCUGCUUCUGCCUCAGCCCGAGCGGAAUAUGGAUCUACCUCUCAGGUUUACCCGGAGGACUCGUUACUGGGCUUGUUUGGAAUAAGCGAGGCUGUGGAGGAGCUCAGGGGGCUUCAGCUGGUGUCUAAACAAAGGUGUUGAGAUGCCGGAUGAAUCAGCGCUCGGGUUCCUCUCUGUGACAAGGUGGGAGCCGCUGGACCUGAACUAAAGGCCAUCAGGGGAAUCCAGUCGGACUGGUGUGAAGAGUGAAACGUUGGCCAAAGAUAGCAGCAGAGUGCACUCUCCGGAGUCCACUCUACAGGAUUGAAGUAUACGUGAGGUCCCUGGUGAGGAUACCUUCUUUUCAUUUGUUGGACCUCAGGCUGAAAACCUUGGAGCAGCAGCACGGGAUGUAGGAGUGACCAUAGAGCUCCAGGGGACUAAUCCAUGCAGGACGAGCUCCAUGCACUUGAGAGGAACCAGGACUCAGGAGGAUGUCGACAGAGGCAGAAACACAAGCAAGCGUCAAAGCCAGCGUGAAACGGGAGUCCAGGAGAAAAGGUCAGGACCGCAGUGAGCAGGCUCUGAUUAAGCGCUUCAGGGGCGAUGGCGUCCGCUACAAGGCCAAGCUGAUUGGUAUUGAUGAUGUCUCUGCGGCUCGUGGAGACAAGCUCUGCCAGGACUCCAUGAUGAAGCUGAAGGGGAUCGCUGCCUCGGCACGGUCCAAAGGCGAGCACAAGCAGCGAGUGUUCUUAACCGUCUCCUUCAGUGGAAUCAAGAUCUACGAUGAGAGAUCAGGGGUGUUACAGCACCACCAUUCUGUGCAUGAAAUCUCCUACAUCGCCAAAGACACCAGAGACCACCGUGCCUUCGGCUACGUCUGUGGGAAAGAGGGCAACCACAAGUUUGUGGCCAUCAAGACGGGCCAUUCGGCGGAGCCUCUGAUCCUGGAGCUGCGUGACCUCUUUACACUCAUCUACGACAUAAAGCAGAGGGAGGAAGUGGAGAAGAAAGCUCAGAAAGAGAAGCACUGUGAACAGGCUGUGUACCAGACAAUUCUCGAAGACGACACUGAUGACCCUGUAUAUCAGUACAUUGUGUUUGAAGCUGGACACGAGCCUCUCCGUGGCCCCCUAUCAGAGGAAAGCGUUUACCAGGUCCCAACGAGUCAGCAGAAAGAAGGGAUCUAUGAUGUUCCAAAACGCCAUUUUAUGACUAACAUCAAUCAGUUUGACCUGUUUGGAGACAUGGCUACUCCUCCAGACAUCCUAUCAAUGCCUGCAUCUCCUGCUAAUACCCUGGAUCCUGGGCGACGGAGGCGGCAGCACCCACCCGAACUCUUCACUCACUUCAGCCCCCCUGCUGUGCCUUCAGGCUACAUGACGAUGGGUGCUGUGCAGGCGGCUCAGUGGGCUCAGCAAUCAUUUGCGGCUCCAGGCACUCCACUGGCGUUUGGGGUCCAGGCUCCACUACAGGUGGCCCAGGUACUUCCCGGUGGCCAGCCGGUGAUAUGGGGCCAGGCCAACCUUUUCCACUCCCCAGCCACAGGCCAGCAGCAAUGGGCUUUCGUUCCAGCUCAGACGGUUGGCAUGGGGGGGCACCCCCUGCCUGCUGCUGCUGUGCUCCAGGGCCUGGUUCCCAUAGCAACCAUGCGGCCUCACUCGUGUGAGCCGUCUGCGCCGUCUUCAGCCAUCACCAGCCCUCAGCACACAGCUGACCCCCUACUGCAGCGGGGUGCCUCCAGGGACACACUAAGUGAGAAUGUCCAGGAGGAGGUGCAGGACUCAGAGGCACAGCCUGCAGCCACCAGCGGUCCGCAAGCACAGUCAGAAGGUGCCACACAACCUUGUGGGACACAGGAAGUAGAGGUCUGCUGUGGCGAGCUUGACCUCUCGCAGCUGAGCUUGACUCCGGGAUCAUCUACGUCACCAUCCACGACAGACUCUCCUGCUACACCUGCUCCCCAGCAGGGUAUCCCGACCCUGCCCUCUGACCUCCCCAAAAGAGCCUUCUCCUGUGGAAAGCAGAGGCCAGCGAUGGCCAUCUUGAAGAGGCACCUCCCUUGGGAGCAGCAGAGAGCAGCAGCCAUGAUUACAGAGGAACCGGGCUCCAGCUCCCAAACCCCCAGCAGCUGUGAGACAUCAGCACACACCCCGGCUCCCUCUCAGCCAGACGAUUAGAGAACCCCAGCUCUGGAAAUGCCUGCCCACUCUGCGUGGAGAAGCGCCGGAAAAGAAUACAGGAUCCCAAAAAGCUGAAAAUGGAGCGAGCUGACUGACUGACUCUGUGGAAUACUUACCAAAAUAGUGAGCAGGAGACUAACACUGUAACCGAAUUCACCAUCUAACAUGCCAGACGUGAUGCGAAGAGAACGAAGAGAAGAUAAACUUUAAGGUUUGUCCCGAGUGGAUAAGGUGGAGGACUUGUCCACCGUCUAAAAUUUCAAAGUAUUUUGAACAAAAAUAUUUAUUUUUCAUUGAUAACGAGGUGCUCGUAAUGCUAAUAUUACAAAUAUAUGAUUUGGUCAUAUCAGAACCUGGACUGGACUUUGGCUCCCUGCUCCCUACAUAGUGCACUUGGCUUGAGCACCCUGCGCAGUGCGCUACAGGUCAAAAUGGCCCUCAACCUUGGACAUUUCCUACUGUUCCGUAUCAGUAAUCGUCCUCAUCGUCAAGCAGACUUGGUUGACCAAGCUUCACUGGACAGUGGAUACUGACUUUGGUUCAAAACGUUUGAGUUGCUUUCUUUUUCCUUUCUCUAAACGACUGAUACUGUGGUUCCUGCGGUCACGCUGAGCUUUUUGAAACUGUGUUUCUUACAAGGACCAUCUGCAUGGUUUCCGCCAAAAGAGACUUGACGGCAAAACUUCACUAGCUUUUAUACCAUAACAAUUAAAAAAA